AUGCUAUUGGUGUCGGCACUUAUCGGUCUCUACUACGGUUGGACAGGUAGACUAAAAAAAUCCAAAAAUACAUCAACUAAUAAUAAUAMCCGUACCAACGAUUAUCUAAUGGCCAACAAAUCCAUGUCGGUCGUACCGGUAGCCAUGUCGGUGAUGGCCAGUUUUACGUCGGCCAUAAUGCUAUUGGGAAUGCCUACCGAAGUCUAUAUAUAUGGUACACAAGUUUGGAUCCAAUUGUUAGCAAAUCCACUGGUAKUGUUGGUCAGCUCAUACCUAUUUCUACCUGUUUUCUAUGAACUAAAUAUAACCAGCGCUUAUGAGUAUCUAUAUAAGCGAUUUGGUAGGUCCGUACGCUUACUGGGCUCAACAAUAUAUUCAGUAUAUAUGUUAUUUUAUAUGUCAAUUGUAUUGUAUGCACCGGCACUGGCUAUAGCACAGGUAACCGGUCUUAAUCUAUGGCUAUCGGUGCUGACAACUGGAUUCAUAUGUAUAUUCUAUACAACACUGGGCGGUAUGCGUGCCGUUAUCUGGACUGAUGUUUUACAAACGAUCCUAAUGUUUGCCAUGUUAUUCACUGUUGUCAUCAAAGGAACGGUAGAUUUGGGUGGACUAACCAGUGUUUGGCAAACUAAUCAACAGUUUCAUAGGAUAGAGCUAUUCAAUUUAGAUCCCAAUCCAUUGGUUAGGCAUACAGUGUGGACAGUAAUGAUCGGMCAGUUUAUUAAUUCGACUAAUGUUUAUGCAACCAAUCAGGCAAUGAUUCAACGAUAUCUAACGGUGCCCACAUUGAAACAAGCUAGACAAAUUAUAUGGUUAGCCCUAACGCUAGAGACAACAAUAGUAGGCCUAUCAAUGAUAAUCGGUUUGUUAGUAUCGGCCAAAUACAGUCACUGUGAUCCCAUGUCCAACAAAUURGUUGAACGAUCCGAUCAAUUGUUUCCACURUAUGUUAUCGAAACAUUUGRAUCGAUACCCGGUUUUGUUGGACUAUUUAUUGCCGGUGUUUUCAGUGGUGCRCUUAGUACCAUAUCUAGCGGUUUGAACGCACUGUCCGCUGUCACACUUGAAGACUAUGUGCGACCAUUAGUCAGACACAAACAACUAACCGAUUCAAGGGCUACACUAUUAGCCAAAUUGAUUGCUAGUGUCUACGGUCUACUGGCCAUUGGACUGGUAGUCGUAGCCCAACAAAUGGGUAACAUAUUACAGGCAGCUCUUGGUAUUUGUUCACUAUUGUCGUCRCCAAUAUUCGGACUGUUCAUAUUGGGUAUGUUUGUACCAUCAACUAACUCCAGGGGCGCACUAUGGGGUACACUAGUGGGUCUGGCCUGUACCGUAUGGAUAGGUACGGGUGCCAUGUAUUACAAGCCAUAUUUACCCAGCAAACCAAUUUCAGUGGAUAGUUGUCCACUAGUUUACGAUAAUCUAACUAUACAUUCAUCAGCAAACUAUAGUGUUGGUGGUGGUCGACCCACUUAUGAGGAGGUGGAGGUGCAGGGCCUACAUCAUAAUGAUAAYAUAUUUUUUAUCUAUCGACUAUCCUAUAUGUAUUAUGGACUUAUYGGUGCACUGGUAACUAUUUUAUCCGGUUAUUGUAUAUCAUUGAUGACUAGUAAGACAUCCCUGCAGUCAAUUGAUCCCUGUUUGCUGACACCAGUGCUCAGGCGACGUGUGGAAAGUAAUGUUUGA